AUGCAGAGAGGCUCAAAAUUUGUCGCUCAAAAUGUUCAGCUUCCUUUACCUUCUUUUGCAGAUAUCAUUCCGAAAGCUUUGAGCCAUGAGAUUUUUGAAAGAUUAGUGUAUCAACAAUCUACCAACUCAGCGUUCUACGCUCAGUGGAAUUCUUCCACUAGACCAAAAAACACCAAGAAAGGGAAGCCAAAACCUUCAUUUGACUUUGCCUCAAAAUCGUCCAAUUCUUCUCUAGUUUAUUGUCAACUCUGUGACAAGGAGGGACACUUGGCUAAACACUGUUGGACAUUUCUUAAUCUCAAGAAAAAACAGUCUACCAACCUUGAUGAGGCUUUUGCUGCUUGUUCGAUUCCGGACUCCAACGACUUUGAUUGCAUACAGGAUCGGGUUACAAGAGGAGUGCUUAGGGUCGACAGAUGUGAGAAUGGCAUGUACGUGCUCGAUCAAAAUCAUCAUGCCCUUGCUUUGGUCGUUUCUUCCAAUAAGUCGAGUGCCUCUGUUCAUCUGUGA